UCGGUGAACUCGCGCGUUACACCUUACACUUUGGGUAUACGACGGUAAAGAGGGGGUCUGAUUUUUCUUUUUUUCAAUAGUUCCAAAUUUUCCCCGCUUCAAAUUAAAAUCUUUUUAAAUGACACUGUGCUUUAAAUAAAGUUCUUCUCUUUUACGUUUCGAAUCAUUUUCUCGGCUAAAGUUUAUAUAUAUUUAUUACCAAAAAUAAGACGAAGAAGAAGAAGAAGAGGAAGUGAUCGUUCAAGGCAAGGAUCCAAAGAAACAAAAAAUAUUCCCUCAAGGACGACGACGAGAGUUCGAGUAUACAAUGAUGACAUCGCUAGUUUUUCUGGUUCCCAUAUUGGUCGGAGUAACGGCGGGUCCAUUUCAACAGUCACCUGAUAAUCGAUUGUCUAAACGAAACGAAGGAUCAUUUCCUCUUACCUCGGAAACCUUGACGACCGAUAAUAAUAACAAUAACGACGAUAACGAAGGGGAUGAAAGUAAACCAAAGAAAUAUUUUGAACAGGAUAUUACGAAGGAUAGCAGUAGUACUCUUUCAUCAUUUUUAAAUAAGUAUCAAAGAAACGAAGGAAAAACGGAAGAAGAAAACGAGGAAAAAGUUAAGGAUAAAGUUACGAAAAAAAAUAGAAAGCACAAAGCCAUUUUUAUGGAUUAUCCAUUGAUAUCAAGAUUACGACAAACUUAUCCUAACUCGCCUAAUAACGACAUCGGUUAUAACUAUAUUUACGAUCCCAAUGUGGAAGAAAGGACAUCAAGUAAUACGGAUGAAAAGUAUCAGGAGAGCAAUAUCUUUUACAUUAGACUACCACCGACUCCCUAUAUGUUUGUACCAGGUUUAGGAUACAUUUCUCAACCACCAACUUACUCUACUGCCAAUCUGAGACCGCAUAUCCCCCAGUCGAAACCAUCGAGACCGCAAGUUCAAACUUAUCAGAGACCGAAUCCUUUUAUCAAGUUGCCGAUAGACUUUGUGAGCAACGGUAAACCAACUUCCGUCUAUCAUUGGCAAAAGAAGAAACCUCUGACCAACGUCAAACUAACAACCGACAGUCCAAUCACCAAUCUCGACAAUCUCAAACCCGGUUUUGUGAAUAACGGCAAGCCAACGACUAUCUAUCAAUGGCACACGAAUCUGAAACUUGGCAAGAGGCCCGAUGACUACGUCAAUAAUCUUGACAAGGGACCUUACUUAUUCAAUGGAAAACCAACUAGUUUGUAUCUUCUUAAAUCUGACGGUACAAGUUCCGGUCAUCGGCCAAUUCGAUAUUCCAGUUUUGAGAAUGAUAAUGCGUAUUAAAACAACAUAAUGCUAAUUAUGAAAUUUCAAUCGCCAAAACCCUACUGGAGAAACGAAAAAAAAAUUAAUGCUCGUUAAUAUUAUUAUUAUUAUUAUUAUUAUUAUUAUUAUUAUUAUUAUUGCACGUGAAUGGUGGAAAUCUGCUACUAAUUUUACAGCUUAAAGCGCGACUCGUAACGCAUUGUAAUAAUUUAUCGACUAACCCUCUUCUAUUGAGAAGGGAGGAGGUUCGUUCAGUGAUUUAUGUCUCGUCGAUGACCUUGUAAAGGUGCUAGCCAUUACUCCGCUUUCAAAUGGACUAUGCGGUUCGGUGUGUAUAGUAAACGAGGUGCCAGUAGAAAGUAACGGUAAUGUAAUUAAAGCAGUCCUUUUAAAGGUGGCUUAUUAUGUAGUUGUAUGUAAGAAUGAUCAAUUAAUGAGUUCUCACGUGAAUAUCAUUCACUUUUAUUUCCUUGUCUUCAUAAUAUUAAACCUAUAUGUUUUCUUUGACGAUGAACAACACUACCUAGUGGACAAUUUGUAUACGAGAAAUAUAACACUAUUAUAUUAUCUAUUCCUAAUGAGUCGUAGUUAUGUAUAUGCAUAUAUGUGGUAUGUUGUAUGAAUGUAGAUUUAUAAGUAUGUAUUUGUUUGUUUUUUUUCCUACGAAAAAAUGAUAGCUAAGUACUAUUAUAGCGCGUAUAGUCCAAAUGUGUAAUU